UCCCUUACAUUAUAUCCCAUGAUCCCAUCGAAUUCAAAACCCAGGAAGAACUAAAUGGCUACAACACCGGGCCCCCUGACCAACUGGCCAUGGCAGAAGCUUGGAAACUUUAAGUACUUGGUGUUGGCACCUUGGGUAGCUCAUAGCAUAUACUCAUUCGUGAGCAAGGGCCCAAAAGAUGGAGACUGGACAAAUUUGCUUAUCUUCCCAUAUCUUCUAUGGAGGAUGCUUCACCACCAGGCAUGGAUAACCUUGGCACGCUACCAAACUGCCAAAAGCAAGCACAGGAUACUGGACAGGGGUAUCGAAUUCGAACAAGUAGAUAGAGAAAGAAAUUGGGACGAUCUGAUUCUCUUGAACGGUAUUCUGUUUUACAUGACGAAUUUGAUGUACGAUGAAGCCAAAAACUUACCACUGUGGAGGACAGAUGGUGUGGUUCUCAGCUUUCUCCUUCAUGCUGGGCCAGUUGAGUUCCUCUACUAUUGGCUUCACAGAGCAUUGCACCAUCACUUCCUUUACUCACGCUACCAUUCCCACCACCAUUCCUCCAUUGUUACAGAGCCCAUCACAGCUGUGGUUCAUCCAUUUGCAGAACACAUAGCUUAUUUCGUGCUCUUCUCGAUUCCCAUGUUGGUGACGAUGUUCAAUGGAACUGCCUCUGUGGCGUCCAUGUUGUUGUACAUAACUUACGUUGAUUUUAUGAACAACUUGGGUCACUGCAACUUUGAAGUAGUUCCAAAAUGGCUUUUCAACAUCUUCCCCUUUCUCAAAUACUUCAUGUACACUCCAUCGUUUCACUCUCUUCACCACACACAGUUUCGGACCAACUUGUCGCUCUUCAUGCCUUUGUAUGAUUACAUGUAUGGAACCCUGGACAUCUCUUCAGACAAAUUAUAUGAAACUUCACUCAAGGGAAGGCCGGAGACACCAAACGUAGUUCAUCUAACGCAUCCAACUACACUGGAAUCCAUCUACCAUCUACGGCCAGUUAUAGCCUCGUUGGCUUCUGGGCCCUACGCUCCCAAAUGGUAUUUGCGGAUGUUGAGGCCACUCACAUAUUUGUCCAUGUUUCUGACGUGGAUCUUUGGUUCCACCUUCACCGUCGAGAGGAACAUCUUCAAUCAACUCAAAAUGCAAGCAUGGGCAAUACCAAGAUUUAGUUUCCAUUACUUCUUAUCGUGGCACAAGGAUGCCAUCAAUCGCUUAAUUGAGAAAGCUAUAUUGGAUGCUGAGCAGAGAGGUGUUAAGGUGUUGAGUUUGGGUCUACUGAAUCAGGGAGAAGAAUUGAAUAAAAACGGAGAACUUUAUCUCCAGAAGCAUCCAAAUCUAAAAAUUAGAAUUGUGGAUGGAAGUAGCUUGGUGGUUGGUGUUGUACUCAAUAGCAUUCCCAAGGAAACAAAACAACUACUUCUACGAGGAAAUGUUUCCAAGACGGCUAUUGCCAUUUCUAAAGCUUUAUGUCGAAGAGGGGUUCAGGUGGCCAUGGUGGACAAAGUUGAUUUUGAUAAGCUUAAAUUACAACUCCCCACAGAGUUAUGGAGGAAUUUGGUCCUCUCCACCAGUUACAAUUACAAGGUAUGGUUGGUGGAAGAUAGAGUUUCGAGGGAGGAAGAACAGAAACAAGCACCGGAAGGGACUCAUUUCAUACCAUUCUCUCAGUUUCCUCUAAAGAGAAUACGCAAUGACUGUGUUUACUACACUACUCCAGCCUUGUUGAUCCCCAAGGCUCUCGAAAACGUGCAUUCUUGCGAGAAUUGGCUGCCGAGGCGGGUGAUGAGUGCAUGGCGAGUAGCAGGAAUAGUGCAUGCGUUGGAGGGAUGGGAAGAGCAUGAGUGUGGAGACACAGUGCUUGACGUAGACAAAGUAUGGAAUGCAACUCUUCGCCAUGGAUUCCUUCCUGCAGUUCACUACGUUUGAUCCAUUCGAUAUUUGUUGUGUAGAGAUGUUGAUGAUAGAUAUCAUGCAUUUGUUUUGUGUGGGCUAAUUAGUUAAACUAUGGCUAUUUGUCAGUUGUAAACUCUGCUUGUAUCUAGAGGAACUCCCGAAAGGGAAGAUAAAACUCUGCUUGUAUCUAUAUAAUGGAUGGAUUGGAAUACUGCUUCUUGGAUA